AUGUCUCCUCUUCGCGUGCCUUGUUUGCCUCCGCUCGUCCUCGAUGAUCUCGUCGCUUGUCAAGCAGAGAGCCUUUACACAUUGGCGAUGUUCUCCGUCGUUGUUAACGACUGCAUCGACAAAGACAUGGUGCAGCGCUGCGUGAUCAUCAACAAGGACCAGGGCGGAUAUGGAUUGACGGUCAGUGGUGAGAACCCGGUCUUCGUGCAAUCGGUCAAAGAAGACGGUGCGGCUGCGCGUGCUGGUGUACGUGAAGGCGAUCGCAUCAUCAAAGUGAAUGGUACUUCGGUGGCCGGCUUCAACCAUUUGGAAGUCGUCAAACUCAUCAGUGCUGGCUCGUACGUGGUUCUGACGCUAUUUGGUUGUACGGCCGCCGCCGCCGCUGCAUCAGGCCUUCGGUGCCCGAACGUGCGCGAAUCCUAUCCUCCGGCUGGCAACACGUCGUCCGGUUCCGCGGCGCCGACUCGGAACGACAAGAAUCACCGAAACUCUUCCUUCCCGAAGACCUCCAAGAAGAUUAUCACCGCCCCACAGCCUCUUGAUGUACGUACGUAA